AUGCGAAAUAUUCAAAAUGAAUGCCAAGUUCCAACAAAUUGUACAUUUCCGCAAAAAUGGGAAGGAUCAUGGUUUUUAUCUGGAUAUCAGCAAUCAAUACAUAUUAAGGGUUCACUAUUUAGUUAUAGGGGUAAAUGUACAGCAGCGGAUGGUAACAAAUAUUUAAUUGUUGACGAAAGAGGAUGUCAUCGGUGCCUAGUUAUAUAUGAAAAGCAUACAAAUGUUCUACAAUAUAAAGAAAGUGAGUGUGAUGGUGAUAGUUUAUAUAUGGAUCAAUCUAGUAUUAAUAAUCCAGCUGCUAUGCCAAUACGUAGUAUUAUAAAUAGCGAUAGAGUUGGGGGAGCUGCUCAUCCUAAUUCACGUUUUUCUUCAUUGGAUCCUUGUAUGGGAUCAUAUGACGAUCCUUCAUACUGUAAAGGACGAGAAAUUUUACAAAAUCUUUGUGAUCAAAUACCUGGCGAUGCUUUACUAUAUAGUUUAUUUAGAGAGCAAGCGGAACCUGUUAAGUGCCCUUUAAAAGGACCAUAUACAUUCACGUAUAAUCGAGGACAUGGUGAAUGUAGGAAUCCUGUAUCAAAUAUUGAUAGUUGUACAGAAGAAAGCAGACUUUUAUUAAGUUUUCAAGCAUGUCCAGAUGUUCAAGGAACUGAAAGUACAGUUGAAGAACUGACUUGUUUAGCAACAUGGAAAGAUGGAAAUUCACGUUAUUUAGUUGGACUUGUUUCACAUCAUCAUGCCAUUUCAAAUGAAGAUCGUUUUAGAUGUUUUGUAUAUGAGAAAAUUUUAACGAUGGUUGGUGCAUUUUCGAGUCAAUUAAAUAAUCCCAAUUUAAAAGAUGCCGAAUAUAAAUUGGCACAAUCUGGUGAUGCAACUUGUAAUGGUUUGGAUAGUGCUGAGGUUGGAUCACGUAUAAUGACACUUCGGAAGCCUCCACCAGCUGAAAGAUGUGAUUUCCCAGUAUGGUUAAAGGGUCCUCGACAUUGGUAUUCGUUAAAAGGAAAUUUUGCCUACCAAUUUCAUUCAAGUGACGGAUCAAUGCACAUCACCAGACCGAAUGGUUACACCGAUACGAGAGCAUUUUGUGAACAAAUCAAUAAACAAACAUCAAAUGAAAUGACAGCCGUUGUUCACUUUACAUCAGGAUGCAAAAAAGGAUUUAUGUGUAUGUCAUUCUAUCGGCGUGAUAUUCAUAUAGCUGAAAUACAGAUGGGACAACCAGCGUCUAGACUAGAAGAUGCAUGUUUGCCAGACCAUUUUGAUGUUACUAAGAUGUUAUAUGUAACACUGUUAGCAAGUAAUUCAGAAUCGAGUAAAUGCCCGACAGAUGGUUUAUAUCAUUUACUUGGAGCAAUUGGUCCACCUAAUGUCGUAUCAAGACAUAAACGUAAUCAUAAUAACAAUAAUAAUCAUUACUCGAAUGAUGUAUAUAACAAAAAUUAUGGUCACAAUGGUAAGGAGCACCAACAACAACAACAUGGCCAUCAUCAUCAUUAUAACCAUCAUCAGAAUCAACAACAUCAUCAUCAACAUCAACAUUAUUAUUAUCAUAAUAAUCAGAAGCUGAAAGGACAUAAAAGGCAUGAUAUAAAUAAUGAACAAGUUAAUGAUUCUGCUAAUAUUAUUACGGACAACAUAAGUGAAAUUGGAAAUCACUUGAAAGAAGAAUCAACAAUCACAGAAUCCAAGCAUACCUUUAAUACUGCAAUACGUAAUCGUCGUUAUAUAAUUCGAAAUAAUUCAACACAUAUUUCAAAUAACAACUUACCACUCCACAAUUCUACCCCUAAUAUUGAUGACAUCGGUGGCAGUAAUAAUAACAGUAACAUUAAGGAUAAUAUUGACAAUGUUAAAUCAAGUUUACCUAAUAACAAUUUUAAUGAUGACAAAACUCUGUACAAUGAAAAAACUACAACAAACAAUAAUGAAUUACAACGAUUAAAAGAAAAUUCUUAUAGUUCUAAUUAUGAUACCAACAUUAACGAUUCACCUACUUCAAUACAUGGUUUCAUUAAAAUUAGAAAUCAAAUGACAUUGAAUUCGGUAUCGUUACCAAAUGGAAAUUUUAUAAAAAGUAACAGUAAUACUUCUCAUGGAUUUAAUAACGAUAUUGUAUUUUUUACUGAAUUGAGUACAUCAAAUAACCUAAUGAAAACGGAAGAUUCUAUUGAUAUGCAAAAAGGGGAACAAUACGAAAAUCACGAUAUUCGUAGUCAAUAUCAUCACCAACAUUCUCCUUCGCAACAUCAUCAUCAUAAUCAUCAUCAUCAUCAUCAUAAGCAACAUAAUAAUCACCAUCAUAAUCGUGAAUUGAAACAUCAAAAAAAUUAUAAUCAAUAUAAACAAAAUCAUCAUCAUCAUCAUCAUCAUCCACACAUUGAGAAAAGUAGUGAUGUUGAAGAGCAUUUGUACACUCAUUAUGGAGAUUCAAAUUAUCAACAGUCAGUGAAUGAAAGAAAAUCAAUUGAAAUUUAUAAUGAAAAACAAGAGAAAAAACAAAAACCACAACGUAAUCGUCGUGAUGCACCUGGCUGCACUGUCAAUUAUAAAACCCAAAGGCAACUUCGAAUUGGUUGUACUGAUUUAAAUCAAAUUGAUGUUAGACCACAAUGUAACGAUGAAAGUGAAGUUUAUAUUUGCUAUGGAUCAUGGACAGAAAAUAUGAACAUAUAUAUCAUAGCGAGGAAUCUUGCUACACAACAUCUUGUAUGUUUAACUUACAUUCCAUUUAUAGGAAAUGAAGCGAAACUAGUUAUAGGUGAUGAAUGCUAUCAUCAUUCUCAUGAAAAACAAUCUGAUCAUUUGAUAGCAACAAAUAUUACGAAAUUUGGUCAAUGUGGUGAUUCAAGUACUGCUGACAAAUUUAAAAUUCAACCAAUUAUGAAUUACUUUUUACCAAUAAUAUUAAUUAUAUCAAUACAUUUAUUACAUAACAUUAGAUGAUUUUUACUGAUAUAAUACAUUAUUUAAAAUCCAACCAAAGUUAAAAACCCCCAUCUAAGAAAAAUAACCCUAUAAUUAAUUUUAUUUUGUUUAAAUUUCUCUUAUAAAUUUAAUUAUAAAAAAUUUAAAUAAACAAAACUUACAAUAACAAUUUAGUUAAAAAAAUUAUGUUUAUAUAUAUAUAAAUAUAAUGUAUAUGUGGAUUAUUAUGUAAUAUUAUGUAAAUUAUUAGCGUAUAAAUAAUAAAAAUUAAAUUAUUAUACCCGUACACAAAAAAAUUUAAAGCUUUUAAAAGUAAUUUUGAAAAGAAGGAAACAAAACCUACCGCUGUAAAAUAUGCAAUCAUUGUAAAAAAAAACAAAUAAGCAAAUUAAAAUAAAAAAGGGAAAAACAGUUAAUUAAUUAAACAUUAAAAAAAAAGAAUUAUUAAUUAUUUGUAAAUAUUUUAUUAAUUAUAACUAAAGAAAAAUUAUAAAAUUAUCAUGUAAUAAAUGGAAAACGAAUUGUGAAAAAUUUUAGUUUUUAAGUUCAUAACACCCAUACAAAAAUUAUAAAUUUAAUAUUGAUGAAAAUAUAAGAUGAAAUCUAUAAAAAAAUUAGAAACAAAAAACAAAACAAAAGAUUAUAAGAAAAUAUUUUUUUAAAUACAAAAAAGAAAAACAAAAUGUUUUAAUUGAAAAAAUUGUAAAUAGAAUUUAAAUUAAUUGUGUAAAAGAUGAAACGAGAUUAGGUAUAAAAAAAUAAUUAUAAAUCAAAUAAGAAUGAAGGCGAUAAUAAUUUAAAAAACAUUGACAAAAAAAAAAAAAUUAAAAAAAAACACAAGUUAUAAAUAAUUUCUAUUCAGUUUUAAGGGCGGGGAAAAAUGUUAACGUAAGGCGUUAAACAAAAAAUCAUAAUGCAUUUUUGGUUUUUGUCAUUUUGUAUAUGCAAAAAUAACAUUUUAUAUACACUUUCGGUUAUACCAAUAAAUGGACUCUAAGUCAAAUAUUUUUUUUGUUUUGUAUAAAAAGAAAAAAAUUAAAAAUGAAAGUUUUAAUAAAACUAAAAAAAUUUUUUUUUCGAUUUUGUAUGUUAUUUUUAAUAUAUUUAAAUUAAUUUAAAAAACAUAAUUUAAAUUUUUUAAAUAUUUUUUUAAUACUUAUAUAAAUUAUACUUAUUAUUAUGUAAGUUUAGACUAUAAAUAAUAUUUAAUAUAU